AUGUUUGAUUCUCAAGAUAACCACAAUGUAUAUAAACAAAGAAAACAUUUUUUUCAAAAUCAAUUAAUAUCAGACCUAGGCUCAAUAACAUACGUGAUUUUAAUUUUCAAAUAUGUAGCCUUUAACGAUUACACUGUUGUUCUAUUUCUUCGAUUAAUAAUGACAAACAUCCUUAAAAGAUUAUAUACUAAAGUUAAGGAUCGAGCAAGAUUUUAUGAACAUAAUGGUUACCUAAAUAGAAUCAGGAUGUUUUCGGGCGUAUCACCAACUGAUGUGACACCCGAUGAUGAACAAUUAUCAGCUGAGGUACAAGAAAAGAUAAUAGAACUAAAAUUUUUAAAGCCUGCAAGAUUUUUUCUCUUCAAUUUAUCAUUUAGUUUCAAUUCUCUCAUGGUUUUAUUAUCUAUUAUUUUCCCAAUAGAUUUUAAAAAUAAUUGGGGAUAUUAUGCGGAUGGUGCAUCUCCAACAAUCCAAAGUAAUAGUCUAUUUAUUGAUUUUUUAGGUAUGAACAAAGAUAUUUCAAUUUAUGGAAAUUUCAAGGGUAACUUGUUCAAUAUAUUGUUAGAGUUUAUUAUAUUAUACUUGCAUUUUUCUAUUUAUCAAUUAACAUGUUUUGACCAGCAACAAACAAAUGAUAGUCAGAGUGGUUCUGACCUUGUGAAUCAAGAGGAAAGUAUUAGUCAUGAAGAUAGCGAUGGCUACGAUGGUGAUGUCAUAGUAACAAAAAUUGAUUUUGUGUCUACUUUUGAAAAAGUAUUUAGUAAAAAUGAUCAGUCCAUUAAUAAUGAAGCAGACAUUGUGUAG